AAUAAAACUUUUAAAAAGAGUGAAUAAUAAAAAUGAAGCCCCAUUAUCGCCCAUGUGUAUUCUAGAAACUAGUGGCUGAUGGUGCCACGUGUCGCGCGCAUCGGCUAUAAAUAAAGGGCUCUCCCUUAUGUAAUAAGUUUCAAGCGCCGCCACCAUAGUUGGUGUUAGUCUUGGUGUAGUGUAGCUAGGGAGGGAUAUAUAUCUGAGUAAGAUGGCAUCAGAGCUUGAAUUGCCCCCAGGCUUCAGAUUCCAUCCAACGGACGAGGAGCUGGUGUUGCACUAUCUCUGCCGCAAAUGCGCGUCGCAGCCAAUCGCCGUUCCCAUCAUCGCCGAAAUCGACCUCUACAAAUACGACCCCUGGGACUUACCCGGAUUGGCUACUUACGGAGAGAAAGAGUGGUACUUCUUUUCACCACGGGACCGGAAAUACCCAAACGGUUCGAGGCCGAACCGGGCGGCUGGCACCGGUUACUGGAAGGCAACCGGGGCGGAUAAGCCCAUUGGUCAGCCCAAACCGGUUGGGAUUAAAAAAGCUUUGGUGUUUUACGCAGGGAAAGCUCCUAAAGGGGACAAAAGCAAUUGGAUCAUGCACGAGUAUCGUCUCGCAGACGUAGAUCGCUCCGUUCGCAAAAAGAACACCCUAAGGUUGGAUGAUUGGGUGCUUUGCCGUAUUUACAACAAGAAGGGCACGAUCGAGAAACUGCAACCAAGCAGCGAUGUUGCUCAUAGCCGAAAUAUCGAAUCCUCGGAGAUCGAAGACAGGAAGCCGGAGAUUCUGAAAAGCGGAGGAGGUUGUCUUCCGCCGCCUGUGCCGGUGCCUGCGCCGCCGCAAGCGACGGCGAAGACGGAUUACAUGUACUUCGACCCGUCGGAUUCAAUCCCGAAGCUGCACACGGACUCGAGCUGUUCGGAGCAGGUGGUAUCGCCGGAAUUCGCGAGCGAGGUGCAAAGCGAGCCCAAGUGGAACGAGUGGGAGAAAAGCCUCGAAUUUCCAUUUAAUUACGUGGAUGCCACUCUCAACAACAGCUUCAUGGCCCAAUUCCAGGGCAAUAAUCAGAUGUUGUCGCCGCUGCAGGACAUGUUCAUGUACUGGCCCAACAAGUCCUUUUGAGCACAUCAUGAUGGUUUUAAAUUACGAUCCGCAAUUGCUCUUAAGAUUUUCUGACUCACCAUGCGACCACAAUCGUAAUUUAAAACCAUGUCACAUAAAAUCCACGCGCGCCGCCCAUUCGCAUUUGCACGGUAGCACGAGACUCAAGGUCCAUGAGUGUGCCUGUGCGACCACACACAUACGAUUAUUGAUCAAGUUAGCUUAGCUAGGCCAAAGUAAGAAAGAAAGAAACAUUGAAGCUGGAAACGCAUGUGUUGGCUCCACCGUUUGCUUUGGUAUUUUGCUAUGUGAUGAUGACGACGACGAUCCAACGGUGCAUGUGUGUUGACCUGUUCCUAGUAGUAGUAGUAGCAUGUGUACAGCUAUUGUAGAAUGUAGAUAGGUACACUACUACACGUUGUUGUCAUGUGAUCAUAGAAAGGUCUCUCACCGUACAAAAAAUAAAAAAAAAAAGUGAUAGAAGGUCUAUUUGGACCUUCUAAUUAAUAUAUGUUGAAUUAUUAUUAGCAUGUGUUACAUCUAAUUAAUUAGGCGUGCCUUUGUCUUUUCUCAUUUUUUUAGGUCUUUUUAAAUUGAGUAUCGUGAUAUCCUACUGUGUUUACUUUUUCAUUUCAA